AAAUGUAUGGGGGGGGGGAAAUUCGCCCUAAUGUAAGGUUAGGGUUGGAUAUAAUGUUACCAGUGUGUUUAAGGUUAGGUUUAAAACCAGAUUUUAAGAAGAUCAUUUGUAGAAAUACGCGGGUUUAGCCAUAAUUAUGACUUCGUGGCUGUGGUAACUAGUGAACACCGGGUUGAUGAUCUCGAGGGAGGGUCCUAAACAAAGAACAGAAGCGACUCCACAAUGGGAGACAGCUUCCAUGACCAGCUACUGGAGGACAGUCGGUUCCUUAGGGCAGACCGUCGUCUGGACACAGAACUAGUGGAUAAGCUCAUCCUGCAGCUCAACAGGAUCUACCCGCAGAUCCUCACAGACAAGGAGGCCACCAAAUUUAGGGACCUUGAUGUGCCCACCUGCGUCCGACUGGCCGAGCUCCUGGCUCACCUGCAGGGGAAAGGUGAAGAGGCCUGCCGGGAGUUCUACCGGGCACUUCACCUGCAUGUGGAAGAGGUGUACUUCAGCCUACCCACGCGUCUCCGCCUCAGAGAUUCUAUAGACCCGUUCACGACUGCAGCCUCACCCACUCAGCAGAGAUAUGUGCUAAACGACAGAGGUCAUAUGUUCUUCCUGAGUUGUUUCAGUGUUGCAGUUGGGGUGGCUCUACUACAUUACUAUGGCGAGGCCAAAGUAACAAGGGGCAGCAGGGCUCUUGGCAUGGCUGCUCUUGGAUUGGGUCGACGAGCCCGAGAGGUUCUCAUAUGGUACACUGAAGACCCCAUCAGGAAGUAGUGGGUGUGUCUCCAACACCACCAGCACAUCAGAACACACACUCCAGAGGUGCUUCCGGACAUCCACACUACACUACACCCUUUUCACACUACCGUGCCAGCCUGAACCAAACUCUGCUAGUUACAGCAACUACGGUUAGUACAGCUUGGUUGGGCUCUAUUUGAUUCGUCUCAGUAGGGCCUUAAAGCCCUUAAGUCAUUUGUUUUUUUACAACUCUGUAAAUACUAUAUAUAUAUCUAUCUUUUGGGUUUAAGGAUCUUACUUUCGCUGACUAUUUUUCAUACAGCUCUGUUUUUAUGGACUUUCAUUGUCCUAAUAAUGGUUAGUUAUAGACAUGCCUCUUCUCUGGUGAAAGCAACUAUUAUUACACUAAAUGUAAGCCUCUGUUACUGAAUAGCAUCAGAGAUUAUGUCUGCAUUCAUCUUAAUUUGUGUGGCGUGGACACAGUAGACAUGUAGGGGUUUGUACAGAAUACCCAGAGACCAGGCUCACUUUAAAUACGGAACCUUUUCCAGGGUAUGUGUUGUACUGCUCAGUAUACUCAGGGGAUUGACAUUAGAAAACAUACAUUUAUUUGGUGUAUUUAUAAGAUGAUAUGUUUAAUUUGUUCAAGAAAAAAACAACCAAGCACUAAAUUUAUUGCUAUUUGUUUUGUGAUAAUGUCUCUGUUGUCAGGGAGAUUAUAAGAAACACAAAUGUAAUAACAAUGUUAUAAUAUGCGCCCAGUGUUUGGCUUGGGCUAAAUGUCCACCACAUAAUAUCUUUACAUUAGAUGAAUCCAGGUCCACUAUGUUUGUAUAUCUAGGCACAGUUUAAUGAAUGUGUGACCUAGCGAUAUCAGAGAGAUUGCAAUAUGUUCACUAGAACUAUCACGUUAUAGUGAUUGACUUAUCUCCUGAUGUUUAAAGCUGGAAUCCUUAAUGGUGAAACUGCUAUGUCCGUUUGCCACAACAAAGAGGUUACUGUAAACAACAAACACAGUUUUUACUCUCUGACAUCAUUGGACGUGUAAUAGAACAGCAGAAUAUCUUCUGCAUUUUUAUUUUGGUGUGAGGCUCCUUACCUCCGGUUCGCCAACAAAACAAUGGCGGUGUGGGGGACAGUAGCGCUGUUUCCCCUACUGCGGAUUCCAUCUUUAAAUAUUUUUUGAGUGAAAAUAGUACUAAGUCACUGUUUUUGAAAGUGUUCUUUUUUUAUUAUGCCCACUAAAAAAACAAUACAAAUGAAUACAUUUCAGGUCUCAACCGUGUUGUUUCACCUCAGUCUAUUUCUCACUUUUCUCAAAUGUUAAGAAUUUUCAAAGCCUUCUCUAACCAACAUGUUUUAUGUUUUGUCUUACACAUGCAUGAAGUCUUUGUUCACUAACUUGCUGUAAUUAUGUUUAGUUUGUUAAGGUCAAUUUUGUUAAUGGGGGAAGUAGAUUAUAAGGCUUAUAUUGUUUUAUAGUAGGGAACAUCAUGUUAAAUACACAUGUAACCUACCAGAUAUAAUCCAUGUGUAGACAUAGAGCUGUGAUACACCAGUAAUAUCUACUCUUUUUAUGUCUAAAAGUGGAAGUUAGGAGUCUCCCCACAGACUAACUGUCUUAGUCUCUCAAGUGCCUUCAUUGGCCUUUCCAUGCAUGGACAAUAAAAAAACAAUAUCUGAACAAA